UGAUUUUUUUUAUUAAUCGGCCUUUUUUUUAAUCUACAGGUUGCUCGCGGAUUUGAGGCUAGCUUAGCGGCGUUAGCAGCGCUAGUUGCCGUUUUCUUGGAGUCUGGACUAAAAGUAGGCCGGAUUCUGGACUCCGGACUGGACUUGGUGAAGCCGCCAAGUCCAAGUUUCUAACCGUCUCCUGGAUGAUUCAGACAGGAUGUGGUGUUUUUUAUCGGGCUGGCCGGCUGGACGUAUCGGCUGAGUGGAUUUUGGCUGAGAGACCAUCACCUCGCCUUCUCUCUUUUUCACGUUGCUGAUUUUUGACAAUUUUUUUAAUCUGCUGUUUUUGGAAGUUCUGUGAGCUGGACCUCCCCAUGUCGGUGUGAUAUCCGUCCCUGCUGUCAAUAAAAGGCCUCUUGAUUUUUGGCAGCUGUAUUCCAGAGAUCUGUUUUUUUCUCUUGGGAGCAAAAACUUUGGAAUUUUAGUUUUUCCGUGUGGAAGAAUGGAUUCGGGAAUGGAGAAGGAAUGCGGCGCUCUGGGAGGCCUGUUCCAGCUCAUCAUGAGCGACAUGAAGGCCAGUUAUCCUACAUGGGAGGAUUUUGUCAGUAAAGGAGCCAAAUUACAAUCACAGCUCAGGACGACCAUCCUGGUGACCGGAGCCUUUUUGGAUGCUUUUCAGAAGGUGGCUGAUAUGGCGACAGGAACCAGAGGAGCCACCAAAGAGAUCGGCACAGCGCUGACCAGGAUGUGCAUGAGACACCGCAGCAUCGAGUCCAAACUCAAACUCUUCACCACAACUCUGUCAGAAAGUCUGAUCGCACCACUGGAGAUGAAGAUGGAGGAGUGGAAGAAAGUGGCCUGUCAGCUGGACAAAGACCACACUAAAGAAUACAAGAAGGCCAGAGCGGACAUCAAGAAGAAAUCCUUGGACACCAUCAAACUGCAGAAAAAAGUGAAGAAAGGGAAGGGCGAGGCGCGAGAACAGCUGGACAGCGCGCUGCAGGAUGUCAACAUGCGUUACGCCGUCCUGGAGGAGACAGAGAAGCGGGCGGUGUGCAGAGCGCUCAUAGAGGAACGAGCUCGGUACUGCACCUUUGUCACCAUGCUGAAGCCGGUUCUGGACCAUGAGAUCAACAUGCUGGGUGAGGUGACCCACCUGCAGACCAUCCUGGAAGAUCUGACCAGCCUGACAGCUGAACCCACCAAACUGCCACCAGCUAGUGAGCAGGUGAUUUUGGACCUGAAAAGUUCUGAUUUCAGCUACACUUACCAGACACCUCCAGCUUCUCCCAGCAGCACCAUGUCCAGAAAGAGUAGCAUCAACAGUACCUACCAGUCUGGGUCCGUUAGAUCAGUGCCCUCGUUGGACUCCAUCACCUGUGCUGUGGACGGAAUAAACAUCCAGCAUUGCACCUCCCCCUAUCGCCCGAUUGGCUGUGAUGAAACUGGGCGGUCACUCAGUGAAGGGAACUCCCCCUCUUGCCGUGGUCAUCAGGCUAGCCAUGGUCGCUAUGGUUACACCACCGGCCCCACCCACCACCUUGUGCUGACCCGCCGCGUUAGCCGCAGGGAUAAAACUGAUGCAGUUGGCUCCUCCAAUCAUUUGGCCUCUGGGGGGAGCAGCGGGGCAGAGAAUGACCUGUUGGCCGUCCCUCACAAUGCUUACACGGACCACACGUCUGGGAAGUCUUGCUCUGCCAGGGACCAGCUGGCACUGACUUUGGGGACGAUGAACUCAGACGCCCCGAGGAGCAGCAGGGACUCACUUCACUGCUCCAGCGGCUACAGCACCCAGACCACCACACCAUCAUGCUCCGAGGACACCAUCCACACACACACUGUGAAGAGCGAGGCUCGUCUCUCUGUUGACUAUGAGUCCAUCUCGCUCCACGGAGACAUCGACUCCUUCUCCCUGCAUCACCUUUCUCAUGCCAACAAUCAGUCCGACUUUGAUAAGUCCUCAACCAUCCCCAGGAAUUCUGACCUUUGUCUCCAGUACAGGAAGUUUGCUCAGUCCAAACGCCCCGCCUCCACCGUCAGCCUAGUGGCUGAGCCAGAAUUGAUUGGCGGGCCCACCCACCAAUUCCUGCCCCACACGGCAACCAUCAGGCGCAAGCCACUGACCAAACCAGCAUAUCGAAGAGGUACAAUCAGUGGGGGGGUUCCCAUCCCCAUCUGCACACCGCAGGUUCCCCUCAAAGCUUUUGGAGGCAGUGGCGGGAGCGAGGAGAAUGUUUUCACUCCGCCUUCUGCCGGAGGAGCGCCGCUCACAGGAGGCUUUAGUCACAAUAAGCUGUGCACGUCCUCGCAGAGCCUCAGCGCCUUGUCUCAGUCCUCCUCAACAUCUCCAUACUACCAGCUGGUCCCGGGUCAGAUGCCCAUCCCAGUGCCCAUUCCCACUGUUCCCUCCCUGCCAGCAGAGGGCAGCACCAACACACAACAAAUGAGCCAGCAGCAGCAACUCGGCCAAGUGCAGCAUACCCAGCAGCUUCAGAAUCGCCACCACCAACUGCAACAACAUGGUCAAGUGUUGCAUCAGCAAAGUCAUCAGCAAUAUAACCAGCAGCAACAGCCCCACAUCAACCAGCAACUGCUGCAGCAACAGCCCCACAUCAACCAGCAACUGCUGCAGCAACAGCCCCACAUCAACCAGCAACUGCUGCAGCAACAGCCCCACAUCAACCAGCAACUGCUGACCCAGCAGAAACAGAAGGUGUCCCAGCGGCAGUACCAGGUCCAGCAUCCGGUGCAGCCAGAAGCCUCCACGCCAGUCCACGACGCCCGAUACCAGCCCCAGCCUCCGCCCUCCACACAGGACACAUCCCCAGAACAGACGCCUCAGGACAGAGGAGCAGGAGACAUGCUGACCCUCAUCAGACGAGUCACGCUAAGAAGGACUGUGACCAAUGACCGCUCUGCCCCCAUGCUGCCCCCUCCGACCAAUCAUAAGUGAGGCCGCCAAAGACGGCGCUUAGACAGAGAUGAAAGAAACGCACAAUUCUUCUCCACGCUUUGGUGAACUGCAGAGUUCAAUCUUGACAGACUCUUCUUCUCCUCCAUGAUUUGAAGUUCUUCUUCCUCAGAUGCUGGUUAGAUGUUAGUGAGUCAUUGGGUGAGGUGACCUUUUGACAUUUGUUUUUUGGGGGAAGGUCGUCCUCUUUGGAUUUUGAUUCUCAAUGCUGUUUUUACUUUGACCCAGACAGAAUGUGCUGAUGGUUAAGUUCUUCUCAAUGCUGGAUGCGUUUGAUUUAUGUUCUCCUUUGAACCCCAGGAGGGUAGGGCCAUUAGCUCCGCCCACUGGGCCACUGCUUGAAUGUGCCAUUCACAGCUGGUACUGGAACCAGACCGGACCUCAUGAAACUGUUUAUGGACUCCACCUGGAGAACUGUCAAAAUAAUCUAAGAGUGAAGGACGCGCAGGGUGACAGAGGGCGGGGCCUGUGACUGGAAUAAUUAUUUUUUUUAAACAAGGUUCAUUUACAUAAUUCAGGGAAAAGCGCCUGCCGUCGCACAAGGGUGGACUGACGCAUCACACCCUCAGACACCCCCAGGUGACCAACUGUCAGUGCGCGAGACUAUCGCAUGCUGCUCAGUAAAAAAAAAAAAAACAGUCAUGUGGGUGGAGCCUAACGUUAACCAAAGAUGACGAGAAGAAUUCACCAUUUGCCCGAAUAAAAAGUUCACUUCUCAAAGUGAACGUGCUCACGAAUGUGAAGUGAACCAAAAUUUCCUCUGAAGUGCCAAAAUCCUGCUGUGAGCGCCCACUCAGACCAAAAAAAAAAAGCCAACCCCCCCCCCAAAAAAAACCCCACAGAGCAGCUCAAAAUGUACCGUGGAAAAGAAAACACAUUUUUAUCUGCUGUGGGCCAACAUAUGGCAGGAAUGGCUUCAAAGAGCUGCUGUUUUUUGGUGUUUUUAUUUCCUAACUUGGCUCCUUCAUGUGGAAGCACCGUAAUAUAUAUAUAUAUAUAAUAUAUAUAUAUUUUUUUCUGUUUUUUUUGUUUUCUUUUGUUUUGUUUUGGUGAGUUUUGUAAAAAUAAGCUUGUGAAUCUUCGUAAUCACAAAUGACAGAAAGUCACUGUCCAGAAUAACUGACGCGACGGGCUGCAAACAUAAACAAACCUCGUCCGUUAUUUACCUCUGCGGCAUUUGAUGGUGAUCUCAUUCUGUUUGUUUCACCGCGCCGGUCUUUUCUGUGUGGGUGGAUCUUAAAGUGCGGUACAUUAGCAGUUUUUGGGCCAGUAAAGCAGUUAAUGCUGGAGCGGUACAGUUAGUUUGAACUGUUUUAUUUUCUCUGAAUUAAUGUUUUAUAUAUUUUUUAUUAUCUGUAAAUGGAGAUAAAAUGCUGAGUUCAUGAGUUAGAAUUUUUAUUUUAUAGAUGGCACCAGUUUGUGGAAGAACAACAUGCGGGUUUACGUACUUUUACAGUGUAAAUAUUUACCCAGUAUUGGGAAUCGGCGCAGUGUCUCAAACUUUUAGAGGCAAUGUUGAUUUAAUAUUAAUUAGCAGGUUGUUGCUGAUAAACACAGCAGGCUGUGACCAAGCUCCGAACACACGCCACGCGCUGCCAUGUUGUUACGGGAACGUCAUCCACAGACGCACUACACUUUUACUGCUUGAACUCUUGGACACAACAGAAAAUAAAAAUCGUAAUUCUUGAUUUUGGGGUAACAAAUGUAGUUUUUCAAAUGAAGAAAUCUAAAUAUUACUUACAAGUUUGUUUCAGUAAAAGUCGGAACCAGAACACGUUCCACUCAGAUGGACCCGCGUAACAACUCUGCUGCAGGCGGCCGGAGUCAAGGAUUUACUUCUGUUUGUAGUACAUGAUGCUGUCCGCUGGACGGACACAUUUAAACCCAAGUAGCGUGUCCCGGUAGCCGUUACAUGUUGUUUGCACGUACGUUUCCCAGGUUUAUUCACGUGAUGCUUCCCGGCUACAAAAACCUCCAUUGUAUGCAACAGUUUCCCCUAAAUGUGGAAAUGUGCAGAGACAGGCUAACUUUAGUAACCUCACGUUAGCUACAUGCUAACAACUAUGUAUACAUUUGAUGUAGUGGACAAGCUAACUUUAGCAAGCGUAUUGUUACGGGACCUCACAUUAGCUACAUUCUAACAGCUACUUUUACAUUUGAUGCAAUGGACAUAAGAAAGUCAAUGUGAAAAAACAGUUUCAAAAUGCGAUUUAAAAAAAAUACAAACUUCCACCUUCUAUGAUUAUCUGAACAUUAUUUUUUUAUGAGGCGAUGUUCCGCCUGCUCAGUUUUUAUUUGAGGGUAAAGGUGCAAUAGUACUUCCUGUGCAGGCAGGAAGUUAAAACAGCGUGAGCUCGUCUUUAAAAUAGAGUAUAUUUAGUAAUACAGGAGUUUGGUUUCGCUUCCAAAAUUAAACCAAAGUGUCAACUUCUAGAGAUGAAAACGUAACCAAGCCGUCGCCUUUGAUCUGUUCUCAGCUUCCAGGUUCUUUCGGUUUCUGUCGCGCACUGUGUCGCGUGCUUUGAGGCUUUUAUUAGGAAUAUCUGCAGGUUUACAUCUGAAACAUUAAAUUAUUUAUGAGGACUUUUAUUUUUUAAAGGGAAACUUUAAGGUGCAAGCAGUCCACAUUCCCCACGUCAACACAAAAAAAUGACCCCACGGACUAUUUUUAUGUGGUCUCCCUUAAAGCAGUUUGAAUGGCACAGCAGCAGGACUGUGGACGGGAUUCCAGCUAUAAAAAAUCCACUUGAACCCCAAACCUCCAGGAGGAACAAAAAAAAAAACUGCAGUAGUAUUAAAAGGUCAAAGGUCACAUUGCCAUUGACCUCUCGCUGGUCGUAUUUGCAUUGCUUUGCCUCUAAAAGUUGUCAUUUGAGUGUUGCAUCUACACGAGUUGCAUGCUGGGAAUCGGAGUCUUUGUUAGUGGAACGAUGUUUGUGUUCUUCCACAGAGACUUAAGAUUCUGAUCAGUUUCCGAUUGAUUGAUUGAUUGGAACAGAUAAGCCUAGAGGAUCUAUGUGUGUGUGUAUAUAUUAGUGCUUCUGUUUCUGGGGGAGGUGAAAAUCUAUGAACUGUUACUGUGAUUGUAUUUUAUUGAUUAUUGAUCAGAUGACGUGAUAUGUGCAAUUUGUCACUCGUCAUAUUUUUGUAGAAAAGCUUUAAUCUUUGCGAACCUCUGACCUUUUAGGACCUAAAAAUAUUUUUUUUUUGUCUGUUGAACAAAUAAACAGCAGAAGA